AUGUCCCGUCCAACUGAGCCUUGUUCGCAGGCUGAGGCUCGGGACGACGAUGGAGCCGCUCUUAGUGGAAGUCCGCCUUUGACUCAUCGCCUGAGCGAGAGUGCGCGUUGGGAGACUCCUGGGGAAGAAGGAGCAGCAGCAGAGGCACGGAGCGGAGGUAUCAUCGAGGCUACAGGGGACGGGAAGCAGCGAGAAGAGGAGUCUGUUGUCUCGGACUUGAUGGAUGCACCCGAGGUUGUGUCCGUGUCAGAGGCAGCAGAGAAAUCAAUUAACGGAGAAAACGGAGAGAACGGAGAGCAAGCAGCGACAUCAGAAACCGUCGGAGCAGAGUGUGAUAGAGACGUUUCCGGAACAGCAGAAACUCAGUCCUUGCACUCCGAUUCGGAGCUCGCGUUUAAGAAGAUGUCUCUUGAUCCCAACGCCGCUGAAUUCACCCCGUCCUUCGCGCCUUCCCCAUCAGCAGUCGCUGCGACACCUUAUUUACCUGACUACACCCCUCUCAGCUCCACUGCCGCUGCGGAUGUCUCUGCGGUCACCGCUGGUGCCGCCGCUUCAUCCGCUUCGUUUGUGGUUCCUCCUCUCAUUCCAGACGACAGAGUGUCCCGGGCGAUCAUGCUCUCUCUGUUGCCGCCACCUGAACAACUACCUGACGCCGUUCUGGCGCAAGAGAUAGAGAGAACGUGGGGUCCUUUGAGGUUCCUCGACUUGUCCCGCCGCUGGGAUGGCGUGGCUACGGCACAUUUUUACGACCUGCGCCAUGCCAAGGCAGCUCUGAGGGACGUGCAGCAGCAGCACUGGCUGCAGCAGCAGCGCACACACCACCGCAUCCUGCUCCGCCUGCGCCAGAUCCACACCAGGGAACCCCCUGAGAAGAUCAUCCAGGACCCCUACCGGCCCCUGCCGAACGAGCCUGUGCCGCUGAAAGGGCUGGGGUUGGUUGCUGGGUGGGUGGUGUGGGCUCAAGCGGUGGAUCCUGAUGGGGAGGGCGGGGCGUGGGCGGGAGAGGGGAAGGGUGCCGGGCUUGGGAGGGGGUUUGGAGGAGGUGGGGCGGAUGGUGGAGGCGGUGAAGGGAGGUUCGGUGCGGUGCAGAGGCGUCACCAGCAACAGAAGUCGCAGGGGCCUCAGCAGCACCAGCAGCAGCAGCAGCAGCAGUUAAGGCAGCAGCUUCAGCGCAGGCAAGGAGGACUAUGGCAGGGGGCGAAUGAGCAGCAGGGAGGGGCGUGGGACGGUGGUAACGGGUGCGUGGUGGUGCGGAACGUUGAGCCCUCUGUGUCUACGGACUCACUGCGUGCUCUCUUUGCAACAUGCGGAGACGUUAAGGAGGUCAGAGCAGUUCUUUCCCAGAAGCUUCAUCGCCUUGUGGAGUUUUUUGACAUCCGGGUAGCAGCUCAUGCGGUGCAGAAGCUGACCGGAACAGAGCUGGCGGGCAGGCGGAUAAAGAUCGAGUUUGCACGCCAAGGAGUCAUGAAAGAUGCAGUUGGAACGGCAGGAGGAUCGAGAGCGGUAGGAGCAGUGGGAUCAAGAGGUGUGGAUGCAUGGCAGGGGCGUGGGCGCACGGAAUGGUCUUCACGUGGGAAAGGAAGGAGCCCCGCAUUCGGUGCUCUCACCCACAGCGGGAGUGACACCAGGGGCAGCAGCAGGAGUGGUGGCGGUAGGGGUGACAGCAUGAGCGGCAGCAUAGGCGGCAGCAGAGGCGGCAGCAGCUCAUCGAGUCAGGCGUCUUUGAACACUCCCUCAUGCGGAUCGGACCCGCCGUCUCACACAUCGACUGCUAGCAGCAGCUCGUCGCACUCCCCCGUGCACACUCCCACCCAGCCUAGCCCUGAUUCUCCGCGUAUUACAGACAUACCAGGCUCGCACCGGCAUGAUUCAGCCGCGCCCCAGCAUGAGUCACAGCCUCCGGAAGGGGCCAUCCCUGCUACUGAAUCCAGUUUCACUGCUGCUGCUCGUGCUGCUUCCGAAUGCGGUGGUUCUCCAGAAGCUCCCCGGUGUGACAGCCCUGACUUGAGUAGCCCAGGGGUGGAGAGCAGGGGUGGCAGGGGGGAGAUGGGUGCAGAUGGGUUGCUGCCAUCAGGAUCCACGCCUGGUCCAGACGGCACCAGGGGGGAAUCAGCAAGAGAGACGGAUGGAGUAGCCCCCGUAGAGGAGCAGGUUACAGGCGACUGUGCGAAGGUGUUAAAGGAAGGAGAGAAUGUAUUGAGGGAAGGUGAGAAGGUAUUAAAGGAAGCAGAGAAGGUAUUAAAGGAAAUGCUAGGGGGUAGAGCCGAGGAAGUUUCUGAUGAAGCUUCUGGAGGAUGUUUUGAAGCCGAGUUAGCAGCAGGUGCUGAUGUGGAAGGGGGAGAGGAGGAGGGAAAGGGGGUAGAGGAGGAAAGAAAAGUGGCAGAGAAUGCAGUGGUGAAGGAGGGCUGUUCAGCAGGACAGCGAGAGGGAGAGAAUGGAGGGGAGAGUGGAGGGGAGAGCGCCAGGUCAAGAGGUGGCGGGCAGGCUGAUGAGUCAGCAUCGCUGACCCAAGAAGAGCUGGCCCCUCUCUCAUCUCCUGGCGAAGAAUGCACGUCAGGGGACGGCAACCCAGACAACACUACUCCAGCUACUAGUGCACCCAUCGCUACUGCCAGUGCACCCAUCACUACCGCACCCGACACCAGUGCACCCAUCACCAGUGCACCCAUCACCACCGCACCCAUCACUACCGCACUUAACACCAGCACGCCCAUGAGCAGCGCCACAGCGAGCGCCCAGAGCUCGCCAGACACGUGGAGCCACGGCCCUCCCCAGUAUGCCUACCACUUUGCCCCAGGCAUGCCGUAUCUCCCACCUGCUGGGGCUGCAUCCUCUGCUUAUCUCCCCUACCCUCCUCCACUUCCACUGCCCUUCCCUUCUGACCAUGCCGCGCAUUCUCCCCUUGUACCUCAUCUGCCGCCUCCUCCUCCUCCUCCUCCCCCUCCUUCGUCUGCUCCCAGUCAUCUUUCCCUGGCUGCAAUAUCUGCUGGGGGGGCGUCUCCUGCUGUUUCAUUCCCCACGUCUCUCUCCUCCUCUCCCCGAUUCCCUGCCACCCCCACUGCAAGUGCCUCCCAUGCUUCUGCCGCUGCAGCUGCUUCUGCCCCUGCGGUUGCCAACCCUGCUGGCCCGCCUACCCCCACUGCCUCUACUGGGUUUGCUAUGUACGGCCAUGCUACACCAAGACCCAUGGGCGUGGGUUUUCCUCCAAUAGGAAUCGUCGGGGCGGCAGCUGGAAUGUUUCCAUCUGCCCGUCCCGGGCAGAUGAUGAUGCAUUGGAACAUGCCCAUGGCGCAAGGGAGGGGGGGAACGGGGGGAGGGGGGGGAAGGGGAGAACACGGAGGCAUGGGCGGAAUGUGGAUGGGGGGAGGAGCAGGGAGGGGAGAAGCGAUGGGGGGGAAUGCAAGGCAGGGUUGGUUCGCGUUUGUGGAGGAGGCAGCAGCAGCGGCGGCCAGGAGCGAGGCCGCCCAGUUGGCUGCCACGUCAGCAGCAGGCAGGUGGCACCAGUAUGGAAGGACACGUGGCACUCGUCCAACCGCUGCAUCUGCAGAGGAGGGGGAUAGCUCAGGCGUGGAGAAGGUGGGCAGGAGGGCAGAGGCGCCUCGCCCUCUGGCAUGCUUGACAGAUCUCGUCCAGACUGGGUUGACUGGGUUGACUGGGUUGACUGACUCCACAGGUUUGACUGCCUCACGGGAUUAUGGGGGUGUUGUUGGGGGCUCAGGGAGGGUGGUGGUGCCGCAUGUGAGUGUCACGCGUGCAGAGUGCAGUGGUGUGGCGAUGGGGAAAGGGGAGAAGGCAAUAGGAGAAGAGGAAGAUACAACGGAAAAGGAAGAAGAGGUGAAGGGAGGAGGUGCAAAUGACGCCGGAGAGGAGGGUGCUCAGGUGGGGGUUCAGGUGGGAAGUCAGGUGGGCGAGGGGGCGGCGAGGGGGCGGCGGGACGGCACGAGGACGACGGUGAUGGUGCGCAACAUUCCCAACCGCUACAACCAGGCCAUGCUGCUCGCGCUGCUGGACGCCCACUGCCUGCACUGCAACUCCCAGCCCGCCUGUCGGCCCUGGGGUGGAGGGCACGCGGUGGGAGGAGGUGGAGCACGAGGCAGGAGUGGUGCUCGUGUUGAUGGCUGUGGUGCAGGUGGUGAUGAUGGUGGUGAUGGUGGUGAAUCUGCUGCUGCUGCUGCUGGUUGUACCGAUGGAGAUGGGAGCAAUGGCAGUGAUGCGGGCAGUGACAGUGGCAGCAGUGGUGGCAGUGGGGGGAGUGGGGAGGAGGAGGAGCACUGGGAGCCGCUCUCUGCUUAUGACUUUGUCUACCUUCCCAUCGACUUUAAGAACCGGUGCAACCUGGGGUACGCGUUUGUGAAUCUGACAACGGUGACGGCGGCGCUGCGGCUGUUCCGUGCCUUCCACCUGCAGCCGUGGGAGGCCUUCAACUCGCGCAAGGUCUGCCGCAUCUCCUACGCGCGCGUGCAGGGUCGCGCGGCGCUGGAAGAACAUUUCCGCAACUCGCGCUUUGCGUGCGACACGGAGGAGUUUCUCCCGCUCGUCUUCUCCCCGCCUCGCAACGGCAUCUCCUGCCCUCCCCCGGUGCUUGCCGCCGGUCACAUGGCAGGCCAGCAGGUAACCCUCACCAGUGGUAACCACCACCUCGCGCUCACCUCUGACCCUAGAUACGUAGAAUGUUUCUAUGGACUUGGUGUAGUGUAG